ACGGAAUUCCAGGUCCAUUGAGAUUAGAUCCAAAAAAAAAUCCCAUUCUCCGAAACCCUAAUUACGUGUCCUUUCUCCUGCAAUGACCACUGAAGAAGAAACGACUGUCGUGGUUGAGGUCGCUGCCGAGCCGGCGGAGGACAAGCCAGCUGAGACCAAAUCGAAAUCGGGCAAGGCGAAGAAAGCCAAAGAGCCUAAAUCCAAGAAAGCACCAGCUUCAAAGAAGCCUCGAGCUCCUCCUGCUCAUCCUUCUUAUGAAGAGAUGAUCAAAGAUGCGAUCGUUAGUUUGAAAGAGAGGACCGGUUCAAGUCAGUACGCUAUUACUAAAUUCAUUGAAGAGAAACAGAAGAAUCUUCCUGGAAAUUUCAGGAAGCUUUUGCUUUUCAAUUUGAAGAAGCUCGUUGCUGCAGGGAAAUUGGUUAAGGUUAAGAGUUCAUUUAAGCUUCCGUCGGCGAGGCCUACGAAGGCGGAGACAACUUCUUCUGCUCCGGCAAAGAAAAAGCCGGCAGCCACUAAGGCUAAAUCGAAACCUGCCGCGAAGUCCAUGAAGAGUGCUAAACCGGCUUCCAAAGCUCCGGCUAAGACUAAAGCUGCGUCGAAGCCAAAGUCCAAGGUGGCGGCUAAACCUAAGGCUCCUGCUAAGGCUAAAUCUACUACUACAAAGACAAAGGCCGCUGCUGCAGCGAAGCCAAAGACUACUGCAGCUGCCAAGCCAAAAGCUGCUAGCAAGUCUAAGCCCAAGCCUGCGGAGAAGCCAGCCAAAGCUUCUAGAACUUCAACAAGGACGUCUCCAGGGAAGAAGGCGGCUGCUCCGAAGAAAUCCGCCGCACCUAAAAAAGCUCCGGCGAAGAGUGUAAAGUCAAAGAGCGUUAAGUCACCGGCGAAGAAAGCUACUCCAAGGAGAGCCCCGUCGGCGAGGGGAAAGAAAUGAGAUUAGAGGCAAUAGGAGUGGUGUUGUAAAUUAGUGCAGUUAAGUGGGUUUGAUCGAGUCCAUACUCCAUGAAAAUAUGACUUCUGAUCUUCAAAUAUUUUUCUUUUUAAA